AUGGUCCAUGAUUUCUUAACCGGAAUCACCUUCUCGGCAUAUACAAGUGGCUACACGGGAAUUGCUUUCGGCGUUGCGCUCCCCAUGAACGUCUCGGACCCUUAUGAUGCCAUCAUAUCAAUUACAGCACCGGUGUCAAACACAACAUGGGCUGGAUUCGCCUGGGGAGGGACAAUGGUGUGGAAUCCGCUCACAGUAGCAUGGGCAAAUGGCCUACGACGCAGAGUACUGUACACUCUCUUGAAAGGCACAAUGGUAAACAGCACUCACUGGACCAUGAUUGCCAAAUGCAGCGGCUGCACAUCCUACCAAGGCAACGACGGCGAGCAGGCUGUAAUCAAUGGCACCGGAAUAGUUCAAUUUGCCUGGGCUCAAGGAACAUCUGCAGUCACGACUCCACCAAACAACGCCUCUGCUUUCAACGUUCACCAGGCAUUUGGCAAAUGA